AUGGACUUAACCCGACAGCAUCAUGACAGUCUUUACUUUCCUGAUGGAAACAUCAUCCUCGCGACGGACACCAAAUCUACAUUGCCAGUAUCGCAGCCUGUUGAUGGCACCGAGCUUCAGCACGGCGGCGUCUUGCUCUUCCGCGUUCACAUGUCCGUGCUCUCCUUGCACUCCUCGGUCUUCAAGGACAUGUUCGAGUCACUUGGAACGGCCGAUAACGAGAUGCAUGAAGGGGUACCACUGGUCAAGAUGCAGGAUACCGUCUCUGAACUUGAGUGCUUUCUAAAGGCCAUGUAUUGUGGAUUGGAACUACCUGCGGCGCUUGACCCCAACAUGCCCUUCAAAGUUCAAUCAGUCCUCAAGAUGGCGACCAAGUAUCAAGCCGACGCUCUCCGUCUACGUGUCAUUCAACACGUUGAGGCUGACUGGCCGACAGAUUUUUAUGUCUGGGAAAAACUCGACGCUCGUAUUCAAGCGCAAUACUUUCACUGUCUCCGCUCCGCGCGCUGCGAUGUCGACGAUGAUACUCCACCGUACUAUCUUGACGACCACCUGCCUGAGCCGGCAUCUGCUAUUCGGCUCGCGCGCGAGUAUGAUAUCCCCUCUAUCUUGCCCUCUGCAUUCUAUCACCUCGCCUCCCUCAGUAUUCUGGACGAUUGGGACAAGAUGCGUGUUGUUCCGGAGGAUGGGGGUCCCAUAGAGCUGGAGCGCACCCAGCGUACCGCGCGGUGGUCCUUUUUAUCUGCGGAAGACUGGUUGUGUUACCAACGAGGCAAACAUGCGAUGAAUCUGCGUGGAUCAUAUGCAUACGGAACACAUUGUCCAUGCAAUCCACCAUGCAACACACAAAUCAUUCGUGGCAUUCUAGUUACCAUACCGCCUCUAGAAGAGCUAGAUAAUCCUCUACGUCAUAUGUGCGAUAUUGUCGUGCAGUACGAGGAAGGCACAGAUGUCGAUUGCUGCAGAUCGUGCGCGAAUCAGAUGGUGGUUUACAUCGAAGGUGGUAAAGAAGUUCUCUGGGAACAGCUGAAGGGAUGGUUCGAGCUUCCGGAUACUGUAUCUGACGAAUCGAACUCCGAUUCGUCUGCACCUGGAAAUUUUGAACUCGAACGGCGUCUGGUAUUCCGCGUCCAUAAAUCAGUGCUGGCCAUACACUCUCCUGUCUUUAGUGAUAUGCUUGCACUUUCUGCAGACUCCAGCGACGCUGGAAGUAUCGAUGCCGAAUACGACGGAGCUCCUCUCGUGUUCAUGCAUGACACCACUCGUGAUCUGGAAGUGCUGCUCAUGGCGCUAUACCACGGAUUCCAACUCCCGCAUCCCCCUCUCGACCCACGAACUCCCGACUCCGUCACGCCCAUCCUCUCAAUGUCCUCAAAAUACCAAGUGGACCACAUCCGCAACACCAUAAUCGAGCGUCUCGAGUCCGACUGGCCACAGUCUCUUUUCGAAUGGGACCUCCUCGAGAAACGCAUAAAGUCCGUACGCGAUAUGUACGACGCCCUGAAAUGGAGGACGCCACCUGAAGCCGACUCAAGCAAUAGUGAAGGCGAAGUAUUCAUCAUCCGGCAUCACUUCCCCGAACCAUGUUCCGCCAUCCGCCUCGCCAAGCAAUACGAUAUCCCGAGCAUCUUACCCAGCGCGUUCUACCGUCUUGCUUGUAUAUACCUGAACAAUGACUGGCAUCGGCCGAAGACGGACGAGGAGCAACGGCGUUGGAGAAAAGAAUUCCUUCAUCGUUCGGAUCUACUCACCGUGUCCGACAUGGCAACAGUUAUCCGCGGCGUUGAAGCGCUUAAACAACAUCGUACCCUUCAAAUACCUUUCGAGCAUACGGAUCAUGAGGCGGAGACGUGUAAGGCGGAGAGGUUCCUCGAACAUAUGAAUACGGUCCGAGGGAAUAGGAUUGGUACUGGAAAGGGGUUGCUCAAGACGGAUAUUCUUGGAGCGUUCGCCUAUUUCUCGGAGGAUCUGGCGAAGACGAAAGUGAGAGGGAAGAUAGCUGCAUCUUGUACGACUAAGAUACAAGGGGAGAUCAGUAAGAGAAGAAAGGAAAUUUGGGAUGCGUUGCCCGAGUAUUUCAGGAUGAGGCAGAAAGAGACUUGGGAUAUGUUGCCCAGGUAUCUUAGGGAAUCAUGCUAUAAAGGGCAGUCAUCGGAGCCUCUUGAGACUCGACAACUGAGCGUUCAUGAUAUGGACCGACUGCGAAUUAACGAAGCUGUUGACUUCCUUGAUGCGCCAAGACAUGGUGUUUUUGCAGUCUACCGGUUGAACAACUCUGACUAACCAUCGUUAUACGAAACCAGCAUCAAUGUGGCAGGGCAUGAACGUAUCAGUACAGUGUAACAUAACCAUACAAUAACAAUCAGAAGAUGCGAGACGCCCUAGGGCUAGAUAUAAACCCACUGCUACCCUUCACGCACUCGUGUCCAUCGCCUCCUGCCCCUGCCUCAACAUUUCCAUGCUCCUCCCAAUCCCCGCCGUAUCCUCCCCCAUUUGCUCCAAAAAUCCUUUCACAUCAUCAAUAUCGCCUACUCCCGCCCCCAUAUCUUCAAUUUUCGCCCUUGCACCACCUGCACCGCCCUCCUUCGCCAUCUCCUCCCUCUCUCUCUCCACCAGUUGACCCACCGCCCAACUCAGAUACCCCACCUUCCCUCGCUCCCACUCUCGUUUACCGGCGUCGGGAACGGGUACAUUCGUGUUGUUGAGGUCGAUGGGAGGGAGGGAAGACAUCUUGUUGUAGAGUCUGAGGGUUUCGGGUGGGAGGGAGCGGAGGGAUUGGAGGGUGUGGGGAGGGUAGAUGGCUUGUAGACGUUCGCGACGGGUGGUAGCACGUUUAGCUUGAAAGCGUGCGGCACGGAGAGCACGGGUAUAUAAGCGUGUUACGCGCUUUUGGUUCUCGAUCUUCCGUCUCAGCUCCUCAAUCUCCCCCAGUAACUCUAGUUCCCUCCCGGGUUCUCUCUCCCCUAGUUCUAAGUCCAAGCCUUCAUGAUGCGGCGCCACAAUCUCCAACUCGGGCGGAAUCGCAAAGAUAUUCCGCAAGCUCCACGUCUCAAAGAAGUCAAACGCGACGUCCGUAUGAUACUCCAACAUCGUCUGAAACCUGACUAGUCCCUGCUCCAGCUCGACCGUGCCAUCCCAGUCCGCCGAUCCGUUGGAAGAAGCGGACGGAGAAUUUGGGUUGUUAGGGUUUGAGUGGGCAGCUUGGUGUGCUAGGUCGCGUUCUUCGUACCACCGUGUAAUAAAUGUUUCGACAGCUUCGACACAGCUUAGGACUUGUUGGUUCGCAGCGUUGAUGAUGCCGUCGAGGAUAAAGUGUGGCGAAAAGCCGAGUAGUUCUGGGAGGAGUAUAGAUGGAACUGUGGCGGCUGAAUUGAGAGGAUUCGGAGCGGGCGCCAUGAUGUGUUCUCCCUUGUAUUAAU